UACUUCGUUCAGUGUGUACAUUGUUUCCUACUUUCCUUGACUGCUGCAACUAGGUUUUUCUUCAUUUUCUUCUUCCGCAUAAAGUCGUAAUAAGCAAGAAAAACAGGGGACCUUCUCUCUCGCUCUCUUCCACUAUUCUUCCAGUUUCUGUUUCUCUGUUUCGAUCGAUAAUGGCAUCCGUCUCCGGAGCCGCAGCAUCGGCGGCGGAGAUUAAUCUGCAAACGAGAAUGUCUCUGUUGAAGAGCGGAAGCGGGGCCGGUUGCAAUCGACUCGCUUCGUCGAGGAAUCUGAGCGGAUUUUCACAUGAAACCACAAGUAGAAGAAGAGCGGGAUAUCCUGGUCGGGGCGUUUUAUCUGUAAAAUUGAUGAAGAUCAAGGAGAAGAACCAAAUAGUAGAUUCGGCAUCGGUGGAUGGCCUUCCGGGUGUUGAUAACAUCAUCUCUUCUAUUGAGUUUCACCCAAGUGAUUAUAGUUCGGGAGUGGAAACUUCAGAUACUCGAAGAAAAACAAAAAUAGUAUGCACAAUAGGUCCCUCUACAAAUACACGUGAAAUGAUAUGGAAAUUGGCUGAAGCUGGAAUGAAUGUGGCACGACUGAAUAUGUCCCAUGGUGACCAUGCAUCACAUCAGAAAACUAUUGAUUUGGUCAAAGAAUACAAUGCUCAGUUUGAAGACAAGGUUGUUGCCAUAAUGCUUGAUACAAAGGGUCCUGAGGUUAGAAGUGGAGAUGUGCCUCAACCUAUCCUGCUUAAGGAGGGACAAGAGUUCAAUUUUACUAUUCAAAGAGGAGUUAGCACAGAAAAUACUGUUAGUGUAAACUAUGAUGAUUUUGUGAAUGAUGUGGAAGUUGGGGAUACACUACUGGUAGAUGGAGGAAUGAUGUCAUUAGCAGUAAAAUCAAAAACAAAGGAUUUGGUCAAAUGUGAAGUUAUUGAUGGUGGAGAGCUGAAAUCAAGGCGUCAUUUAAAUGUUCGUGGAAAAAGUGCAACUUUGCCAUCUAUAACAGAGAAAGACUGGGAGGAUAUCAAGUUUGGGGUGGACAAUAAAGUUGAUUUCUAUGCUGUUUCUUUUGUGAAAGAUGCUAAAGUGGUUCAUGAAUUGAAAGAUUAUCUAAAAUGUUGCAAUGCGGAUAUUCAUGUGAUAGUUAAAAUAGAAAGCGCAGAUUCUAUUCUAAAUCUUCAUUCAAUAAUUUCAGCAUCUGAUGGUGCAAUGGUAGCUCGUGGAGACCUUGGAGCUGAACUUCCAAUUGAGGAAGUUCCUUUAUUGCAGGAAGAGAUCAUUAGAAGGUGCCACAGCAUGCAGAAACCGGUGAUAGUAGCAACAAACAUGUUGGAAAGCAUGAUAAAUCAUCCAACACCAACAAGGGCAGAAGUAUCUGACAUUGCAAUUGCAGUACGAGAAGGUGCUGAUGCAGUGAUGCUUUCUGGGGAAACUGCACAUGGAAAGUAUCCACUAAAAGCUGUUAAAGUAAUGCACACUGUGGCAUUGAGAACUGAAUCGAGUUUACCGGACAAAACUACUAUUCAUUCUUUUUCCCUUCAGGCGCAUGUUGGUCAUGAUAUAAAGUAUCAGAACCAUAUGAGUGCAAUGUUUGCUUUCCAUGCAACCACAAUGGCAAAUACACUUCGAACACCCAUUGUUGUCUUCACAAGAACAGGAUCUAUGGCUGUGCUGUUAAGCCACUACCGGCCUUCUGCUACAAUCUUUGCUUUCACAAAUGAAGAAAGAAUCAAGCAGAGGUUAGCACUUUAUCAAGGUGUAUUACCCAUAUACAUGCAGUUAUCGGAUGAUGCAGAGGAAACCUUCUCUCGAGCACUAAAUCUUUUGCUGAAUAAGAAUCUGCUGAAGGCGGGAGAGCACGUUACUAUUGUCCAAAGUGGAAGACAGCCAAUCUGGCGCCAAGAAUCUACACAUCACAUUCAAGUGCGAAAGGUCAAAGGUUAAGCUGUCUACCUUGAAGAGGCAGCUAUUUCUUAAUUGAGACUUAUUCUUGAUUGUUUGUUACUCAAAUGAAACAUUACCUUUCUAUAAUCUUAGUGAUUCACUUUAUUAGUUAUUAAAGACAAAUGGAAGAUCUUUCUAACAUGAGAACGAGAUUUUAUUUUUA